AUGGCGUCCUACGACCUCUCAGCCAUCCUCAAUGCUCUCCAAGGCUACCAAAGUCAAAGCCGUCCAAGACGACAACCAAACAACCGCUCCGUCAAGCAAUACCUCCUCAACAAAGGCGUCCCCGAACGCAUCGCAUGGCUGACCUCAAUGAAUGAGUUCUGCUACUGGACCGAGAAAGAGUUGGAUGAAACCUUUGAUGCCUUGGAUCUUCCUGCCGGCGUUCCGCUAAACCAGCUGAUCUCCUUCACGCCCCAGACCGGCAGCCAAGGCUCCACAGCGGAGUUCGUGAAACCUACCCAAGAAGACAUCCAACGCUCAGUAGACUGCCUAGGCGCGCUAUGUGUUGACAGGAACGGGAGUUUCUGCAUCAAUCCAACAGACGGCUUCGCAGCUCUCUCGCACGUCUGGUCGCAAGGCCUCGGCGCCGACGACGACAAUCGUGGUCUGCACAAGAGCCUGUUGGAUCAGGUAUUCGACAAGGUAGAAUCUCUAGGGAUCCGCUGGAUAUGGACGGACAGCCUAGCGAUUCCGGGCGGAAAACGCGCGCUCAACCUGCUUGAGGAAGAGCUCAAGGGUGCGCUGAUCAAUGCCAUGGCCGAUAUAUACAGGCAGGCGCAGUAUGUUGUGAUAUUCGAUGCCCUGUGCUUGAGAUUGAACAGCACGGAGCCCGUGAAGGUGGCUGCUGUGACGAGCCUUGGUACAUGGAUGACUCGCAUGUGGACAUAUCAAGAAAUCAAGCUCGCCACCAACGCCAUCGUAGCCACAAAAACUGGCUUCGUCCCCUUCUCUAGCCUCACGCAAACCCUCAAGAGCCACGCCCUGCAAGAAGUCGGCGAAGACUACACAGCCGACACCCCCGGCAAGUACCCUAGUCUAGCAAAGACCUUCCUCCGACUGCAACGCAACGACGAGCUGGGCAUCUCUCUCCCUGACGCCGCCAUCGGCUGCGGGUACCGCGAAGCCUGGGAUCGACUGGACUAUGCCCGCGCGCUGUUUCCAACUUUCAAUAUUGAAUGGCGAACCAAUUACGACGUCGGGCAAGCAAUGGAAAAGCUGUACACGAGCCAGAAGUAUAAUGCGAUGCGGCUCGCGCUGUUCCAUGGACCGCCGCGAGCUUCGAUUCCGGGGUGGGCGCCUGCAGUUUUCAAUGGCCUUGUUGAUUGUAAGAUCAUCGAAGCUGGGACGUGGAAGCACCGUGGUAUGCAACGGUCGUGGCAUACUACGAAGGUCAAGGCGAUAGUACCGAGCAAAACUGGAACCUUAGUUCUCGCGCUGGAGAGUGACUUCGCUGAUCGAGCGUUGUCGGUUGGAUUUGUUAGCGAGGAGACCCAGAAGCAGAGUCCGCACAGCGUUGAACUGUUCAGAAAAGCGGUGGCGGAAGGGGAGGCAUAUCUCCUUGCAGACGAACCGCUGGUGCCGAAGCGACAUUUUUCACGGGUCGCGCUGCUUGUUCAGCAG